AUGCCCACGGCUUCAUCCUCCGAUAGUACUAAUUCUCUGAAAGAGUGUAAAGAUGAGAAAUAUUGCGCAUGCGCCUCAUCGCCUAUAAGCCAGCGGGUUCUGUUCUUAGGGAUGGUUUGUGUUAGGAUAUAUUCUUAACUUUCAUAUUUUUAGGAAAGCUCACCACUCAGAAUGGCGAACAAUGAGAAAAUAUUGAUAGUAUUAAUCUGAAACACGAUUUUGGAAUAUCGACGAUAAAAUCUAUUAUAAAACCGUAGUAGAGGCUUCUAUCCCUGAAGAUUUCCCUUCUCCUUCUUAAUUGCCAAAUAAUGAUAGAGUUACCCUCUAUUUAGUAAUGAAGGUAAAAUUUGGAUUUUCACAUUCUUGAAAUAUUUCAUUCGCACAUUACUAGCAUAUAAAUUUUAAAAUAUAAUUUCAUAUUUUGUUAGCUGGAUUAGGAAUGUAGUGACCUAUCUUAUCUUCAAAACGUUAUAAAGUCUUUAGGAAUCUUUCUUCGUGAGAGUUUACCUUACCCUAAAUUAUUUGAAUUUUCCUCUUCUUAUACCUCCAGGCAAGUCACCGGUUAUUUUCUCAAUAUGAAACUUUGAUAGAAAUUUAAGGUUUACCAAGACUAAUUUUGACAUGAUGGUCAGAAAAAAUACACCAAGAUUAGACAAAUUCAAAAUUAAAAUAAGAACUAAUUGAAAUCCAGACAGGUUAGGCCCUUUCGAUAUAAUAAAUAAAUUUCACCCUUAAACCUAACUAAGCCCAGCAAAGUUAAGCUGGCCUUCUAAGAUCACGAGAGUCUUAAUUUUCAGAACAUUUUCGAAAUUUCGAAUUAAAAAUUCAGAAAUAAGAGUCAGUUUAAAUGAAAGCUUAAAUUUCAUGGCUAGGUGGCUAGUACUAUAACACUUAUGGUACAUCGCAAGAUUUUAUCCUAAGCAUGGCCUCAUGAAGUUGGAUGUAAUGAAAUCAUAAGUUCAGGAAUGUUCAUCAAUCCCAAACCGGUGUAAAAGUUUACAUCUGAUUGAUGAAAUAGAAUUUUUGGAUUUUUAAAGAGUUUGAGGAAUUAAUAUGCUCACGUUGGUAUAUAUAUUAUUUGAAUAAAACAUGAAAAGAUAUUUGGAUAGAGAGCAUUAGGAAGGUAGUAGAAGGUAUACCAACAAUAUUUAAAGCUUCUCUUGUAGGUCAUCUUGUCUUUAAGCAUGAUUUAAUUAAACAUAAACCUUAACUGUGAUAGCUAAGGUAUUACAGGCCAAGUUUCCAACUGUCCUCCUAAUCCUUUAAGUAUAAUAAUUGGUGUCUUUCAUUCCUAUUACUAAAUUUUUAAAUUUUGUGUUUCGAAAUUUUUAUGUUUAUUUGGCUUAACCUAUUGAAAGAAAGUGAAGAUUUCAUUUGCAAUUAUUGAUUAAUUAGGAAAAUAAGCAAAGCUAGAUUAUAAUGAUAUAUUAAACUUUAAUAGCCUAACCUUCUACAAGAUAGGCACUAAUCUGGCGCGGAUCAAAUCAACUUUUAAGAGAAUAAGACUUAUUAAGUUGAUUUACAUUUUUAUAGAAAGACCAAAAACUUAAAUAUUUCAAUAUCUGAUAAAAUUUUAGAAGAACUUUAAAAAUUCUGAGCAAGCGUGUUUCCUUAAGAACAUCCAAAAAUCUCCUGUUAUAUAUGGAUAAAUAGCUGCGCACAUUUUUAAUGCUCACUCCACCACUGUGAACUAUCUAAAUGUAAAACCAGAUUCUUAACCACUAUGAAUUUCUGUUAAUUCAUUUCCAAACUAAACUAUUUUAUCAUACCACAUUCCUCUCUCCCGACUGCUAUUACACAUCCCCUAAAACAGACUUUCAUGUAAAUAAAAUUCCAAACUUCCCACUACAAAACAAACCCCACCGUUCUCUAACCCUCCAAACUAUCUAACCCAGCCUCUCUAUCUCCAC